AUGUCUGAAGAUAGGCGAAAGUCAACGCGAGAGUAUCUCGGGAUCGCAAUCGAUCAUAGGCUGCAGUCGAAGCUCACUGGACUUGAUCCUCCACAACAAUUCCCUUCUGGUGACGCAUUUAGAUCGAUCUUGGAAGAGCUCCUGGAGCUACGCAUGAAGCCCUUCAUCUCCAGUCUCGAUAAUCACGAAUAUCUUGUAACGAAGCAGUUGUUGAGACCGACGAUGAUAGGUGGGGUUAUUGCACUGCUUCAGCAACCCGCCAAUAACCACCCACUCAGGAACGGCUUGAAUGCUGUGACAGAUGGCUCUCCCAUCCUCAGAGUUCUAAGAGAGGUGGAACAGAUGAUCACAGGUGUUCGGGGUGAGAUGGGCAUUUUGGACUCACUUCCAUUCAUCAAGCCAAGCAUAAAACUUGAUGACACGUCAAAAGUUGACGUAAGAUCUGCGGUCUUCAAGAUCCUCCAGGACAAGUCCUGGAUGUGCGGAGAGCUAGCCGCGUUCAGGUCACAAGGUGUGGGCAAAGUCUUCAGCAGCUCAACAUGCACCAGCCAGAUCGGAAGCUCUUCCUCAAGAAUCAAUGCAUUCCAUCCUAGCUUCAUGCUUCGGGACGUAAUGUCGACGGAUAUCCUUGACUCCCUCAGAAACUCGCUAGUGGACAUAACACACAUCACCACAGAAAUUUCAACUCGUGGACCGGAAUCCUGCGAGAAAGAUCUGUAUGACAGACUCGUUAGUCAUGAUCUCAGCUGUCUAUACUGCAAUGCUAGUCUCUGUCUAGAAUGGAUUGCAAACACAGGGCUUGAUCUCGCAGAAAGCACAACAAGCUCGGAGUCCGGCCCGAGAACCAUCGCUAUGAGGCUACUUUCAGACUUUUUGACCGGGAUUGUGAGAACAUUUGUAGGCGGAAAGCGCUUGGUACGCCAGAAGAGAAAAUCAACAGGUGUCGCGUACUUCAAUGGUCUCCGAGAAACCGAGCGGCUUAUGAUCGGAAAGCGUUGGUGUGGGUCUGAACGUCUACUGAAUGUGACGUGCCAGCUCUUGCAGCAGACAAAUACUCUCUUAAACUCGCACUGCGCGAAUGAAAAGAUUGCAACCUGCUUACGAGGGGCAUCGUCAUGCCUCUUGCACUUUGCGAUUGGUUUCGAGAAUCUACUUGGAGACCUGUUCGAAAGGAAAAAGGAUCAGUGGUCAUUACAAGCGGACGAACUCAACGAGCAGUUGAGUCGUAUUCAGCUAACGCUCUAA